AUGGAGCUCUUCUCUGGCGCCAGUCAUGCUCAAAUUCAAAAUAGCGCCUUCAAGCUCGUGCAGACUCAUCACAAUGACAACUCCGUCCAAAAUGUGAACGUCAUCGUUGCGGCAAACUUUGACGACUUGGGGAAGCUUCUGGACCUGGAACAGCUGAAACAAACGCUGAGGGAAACACUCGCCCAGGAAAACAAGGGCCAAACUCCUGUUGAAAGCCAGCGAGACGGAAAGGACGAACCUGUUUCCCCGCCAGCUCCCUUACCGGUUCCUCCGCCAGUUCCCUCGCCCGAGCGCCCACAACAGCCUCAGAGAGAGAAAACUACCUUCCUGAUACGUACGCGCCUCGACAGGAAGGACAGAAAGCUAAACAAAUCAGUUUCUCUAGUCCUCACUCUCACACCCGCCGGGUCUAAAGCCGGAAAACCAUGGGAGUCCGUUAUAUGGAAGGUACUUCACUUCGAGAAGGCAGGUCGCGUCUCUCGAAAUGUGACCUGGUUUAAUCGUGCCGGUUUCUGUAUCGUCAAAGAAGGGAACGAUGGCAGGAUUAAACCUGGGGAGUUGAUGACACCAGUGAAGGCUGGACAUAUGGCCAUCUUGCAAUCCGAGGAAAGACAGCUGUCGAGCGCAGGUGAUUCGACCGAGGAUAGUGAUGAAGUGGAAGCCGACACCGACAGCCACACCCUCACCGAAGAACCACUCCUGCCGCUUUUGAAUACCAACACAUUUGGUUCGAUUGACCCGACCAAACCUGAUGAAUUCUCUCCCGUCGUCGAUCUUGGGUCUAUUGAGUAUGACCCAAUAAGCAAGACCUCUUCGUUUGCGGACCUCCCAAAAUGCUUCAAGCCUACGUCCUCUUACAAACUGGCUGCCAAGAACGCCGGCCAAUGA